AUGGCUAACGCGGCAGCGAAGAAGUUGGCUUCGACCAACACGAAAGAGCUUGCAAAGCUCCACAGAAUAUCGCUGGCGAUUUUUGUUGCCACUUUGGUUGUGACGUUCAUCAAGGGCCGACGUCUCAAGUCGCUUUUCUUUUUGUCGAUCCCAGAAAUGGUCGUAGAGUACAUCAUUGAGAAAAACUCUCGUCCAAAGUACAUUGACGGCCAACUAGUUAACCCUGGAGGUGACAUCAAUCAAAGCGGCUUGACAGAGUACAUGCUGGAUACUAUUUACAUGUCCUGGGUUUGCCAGAGCCUUUCAAUUCUCUUUGGUGUGCGGGCGUGGUGGCUCUUCCUCGCAGUGCCGCUGUUCCUAGCCUAUAAAGCGGGAAGCUUGUUGUUUGCCGGACGAAAACUGUUGACCGGCAUGGGAGGAGGCAGUGCUGAAGCGGAGCCUUCGCCCAGCGAGCCUGGGAUGUCGAAGCGGCAAGAGAAGCUUCGCAAGCGAAAUAAGCAAUAG